UUCAGCUGGGACUCGCCACUGAAUGGGAUUUCGCUCCACUGUAGUGUUUGGUCACUUGAAGCUUCUGUUCUCCCCAAUUUAAUUAUCCAAUUUUGCCCUGAUAAUCUGAUCCUAAGAGGCGACAUUAUGCCACGAGGAGACUUCGACGUUCGCUUCGCGAGUAGAGGCGGUGGAUCAUAUGUCCGUGCAGAAGAGGCAGUAGGAAUAGUACUCCUGGUUAUCAUUCUCGCAGCCCUCCUCAUUAUCGGCUGCUGGUACUACAGGAGAAGGAGUGGUUACAAAAUGAUCCGGGCCCAAAAUGCAGGUCAGUCCUGGAGGACAAUGGUGACUUCAGGCCAGUACAGUGGUGGAGGAGAAGCGGCCGAGAACAAAGUCGCACUCAGUGAGUUCAGCGAUCUCCAGCAUGUGGCUCCCAAUGCUCCCCCAGCCUAUGAGAACAUUUCCUCUGGCCCUUCACCACCUCCCUACUCACCCUGAAACUUACCUGGGG